AUGGCGCGUACCAAGAACGAACCGAAGGCAAAGCGAGCUGGAGAAGCCAAAGAAAUGUCUGCAGAGCCGUUCGACCGCAUUCAGAACCUCGCUCAGCACCCCCAGCCGGUGGUUGAAAAUCCUCCACUAGGCGACUCUUCCACGAAUCAGAAAUCGGCCAUGUCCUCUACUAUCUCACAAUCCCCCGCAGAAAUCUCAGCUGGCACAGAAUGCCACCACCCGUUUGACGGAGAGCUGGUUAAAUGGACCAUCCAGCAAGAGCACUUUGAAUCGGCCUUGGCUCUGCGAACAAUCAUACACGAUUUCGGGCGAAUGAUUGAGAUCUGUAACUUGAAGUUGCAGCGAUUGGAGGCGACCGGUCUGGGAUUCUGGGAACAACAGGCUAUAGAUCUGGAGUCUCGUGUGCAGGUCAAGACAGAGCGCCCGACGCCUUUUUCGUCGGCUAAACCGUCCGCAAAAAGACAAGUCUCACCAGCGUAUGGCAUGAGGGGUGGGCAUUCGAAAAAGGCCCGAUUUAGGCCUCGUCAUAGGGGUCCCAGAAUUCUCGAAUUGACAAGUAAUGAGGAGCCUUUAUAUCAACGGCAACGAUAUCCCUUCGUGUGA